UCCACGACACGAAUCAACAAGGAAUCUAAAGUGCACUAUCCAAUAAUAAUUGUGUUCUCGAAAACAUCGCAGUAAUUGAAAACUUCAAUCGGAUUCUUUGACGUCAUACUAUCAGUCAUAAAAGCCAUCGGCACGGACGCUGUACUUCCUCCUUUGUGACAAACUUCACUGGAUCAUUUUCCACUCCUGUUCUUCUGUAAAACGACGGUUUUUUCCUGCUCCAUAAUCGAGUUUAGUACUGUUCCCGCAAGCCUGGUAGUGCRUCUAUUACCGGUGUGUCCAACAACGUAAAAAUACGCAACAAGCUGACGUAAAAAGACGCAACAAGAUUACGUAAAAAAAACUAAGAGAAAUUCAGAGAUUGCGGAUCAGUUGUCGGUGUAACUGUGACCUUGUAGAUUGCUCGUCUAAAAUUGCUGUCAAGACGUGGAUUGUUCGGUCUGAAGAGGAAUAGUUCCACCAACUUGUCUGCACAAAACGGGUCUGACAGACUACAUCCUCAAGGAAACAACAACGCCUUGGAAUAGAAACUGUACAAACCCGGCUUKGAUGUAAAAACCGACAAAGAUGAGUACAAAUAAUUCUUCAUCUCAACACUGUGACAUAACGUCAAGYGCUGCAGUCCAAGUCAUCGAGACAUUUUUCUACUCACUGGUGCUGAUAGUAGGCGUUGUGUGCAACUUUCUUGUAAUGGCCAUAGUCUACAAGAAUCGCUCAUUAAGAACACCGGCGAAYUUCUUCAUAGCUAACAUGGCAUUCGCUGAUUUCUUAGUGCCAAUCUUUCUUGUGCCGUACGUGAUAUCACAGAUCUAUCARGGUAAAGGGACAUGGAUUAUCAAAGGUUCUCUUGGUGAGYUUAUGUGCAAGUUUGUUCCAUUUGCUAUUGAUAUUAGUCUAAUGGUAUCYAUCCAUAGCCUAGUGUUGGUCGCUCUUGAGCGCUUCUAUGCCGUAAUCCGACCUAUGAGAGCAGCUAUUAGAAGCACGCGUCGUUGUUUUAUCAUCGUCGCUUUGGCCUGGCUAUUUGCGAUCAUUUUCCACGCACCUUACUUAACCAACCUYAAAGUGAUCAAGUUAAAGGAUGAGGAUAGAUCUAUUUGUAUUAUGUAUUGGGCCCCUCUAGACGGCAGRAUCAUCACUAAGAAACUAUACAUUGCUAUUUUCCUAUUGUUUUAUUCAUUUCCCUUAAGCGCAAUAACUUUGCUCUACUUCAUUAUCAUCUACAAGCUUAAAAAACAACGAAUUCCAGGCACACGACACGGUCAUAUGGUUGUUAACAGACAAAAACGAAUUGUGAAUACAUUCAGAAUGGUCAUGACGGUGGUUCUUGCKUUCUUCAUCUGCUGGACUCCYGAGAAGCUCUACACUGUCUUACUAAUCUACCAUUACGACUUUAGWCCACCUUGUGAUUUUCAACAAUCGGAGAUUAUAAUAACCGCUUUAGCGUAUAGUAAUUGUGCCAUUACACCUAUCAUCUACUUCGUGUUCAACCAAAACUAUAAGAACGGACUAAAAGACUUGCUKCCAUGGUGUGAAAGARCACAGAAUCUUGGUUAUCCAAGAGGACAUAGUCAUAGCACUAACUCAAGCCUACGAUCAGCAGUUAUGACAACAAGGGUGAGCUUUAGGAGGAACAGUGUAGAGCACAUCGACCCAUCGGCACUAGCACCACCAUCUCUACUUCAAGAUUAAAAUUACCAUAAAAUAUGCCAGGUAAUAUCACCAGGAAAAAGAUACGCCAGGAAAUACCACCGAAUUAUGCUUUUAUCGAAGAAAGCUGUCAGACGCAAUCAAAGAAAUUGGGUUCUGAAUGAAAUGAACUAUGAAAUCAAGAAAUCAACAUCCAUCAGGAAAGAAAAAGAAAUUUGCCUAAAUCGUGACAGCUAUCAAAUUGACACCGAAGAACCAAAACGGUUUUAACAUAUGAUCAAUUCGAUAAAUUAGAAUUUUACUCAUUUGAAAUCACCAUUCGAUCAAGAUGACGGCACCAGUUUCAAGAUCAAUUUAGCAGAAAGACAGCAAAUCACAAUCAGGCUUCAGUAAUCGUUCAAGUGACAUUCUGGCACCUUCACCUCGAGUUAACUGGGUGUGGUCAUUUCCAUCUCUUUUCAUCUCUCAUAUAUUUCAUAAACACGAAGAUGAAGCUAAGAUUUUAAGCACUGAAUAAGAUAUCAAUCUUUUCCUUUUUUUGAGAAAACAACUGAAGAGCCGCACUCAAGUUCAAAAUCUAAAAAGAUUUUCAACAGACGAUGGAUUGUAGAGACACGGCGAUACUAGACAAGCUAAUCUUACCUAAAUGCACCGUGUCAUGCCAACCUAAUCACCGUCGCUACUGACAAGAUGAAGGAUAUACGAAUCCUUUAAUAGCGAUACAAAUACAAUGAUUCAUUCAAAUAACAGUGAAAUGACAAUAAGCUUAACCUGUAAGUAGCCUUUGCGUUGGCGAAACAGCCGACAGACAAGAGAAAAAAAAUGUUUAAAACCUCAAGAUUACACGAAAUUGGAUCGAUUGACAUUUCUAGUUAUCAUUCAUUCAAAUAACAAUGAAAUGAAUAUAAGCUUAACCUGUAAGUAGCCUUUGCGUUGGCGAAACAGCCGACAGAAAAGAGAAA